AUGGUCCAAGGCAAAGGAGCCCAAAACGCUUAUCUCUCCUCUUAUGAUCGGGAAGAUGCGUUGCGGGUUAUUAUUGAUGCUUAUCGUCUGAGGGUUGAAACAGACCAUUGGUCGCGGGAGGAGGAUCACGGCAUAUAUUACCCUGGAAAGCCCAUUGAUGGACUGGUUUGGGCGCAAGGUGAUGGUAAGCAUUCAUAUCUUGGGUCCCUGGAUUUGCAAAUCGCCGCUGGUGUCGUCACAUCUGUACUAAUCAUGAGUCUGUCAAUAGCGAUCAACGAUUUCCAACGGUUCCUCGAUUUGAUGGAAGGCUCGAAAAUCUUGCCCAAAUGGUGGAGAUUCGAAGAUCGAAUGGAAUGCCUUUCCCUAGCAAUUGGCAAGGAAAAUCCCGAGUCGAUAUUCAGGCCCAUCAACCAAACCGAGCUCCCCACACGCUAUGUGGGUGACAUGGCCAUUCGGUUGGCACUCUCUCUCAUUGCAGAAAUGUGUGUGGGCUAUGAUGGCAAAGGCCCCGCAAAAGACGAUACCUGGUUUCAGGAAUUUCAAGAAUUUCUCGACCUUCAUCCCGAAGAAAGAGCACGGCUGAUCAAAGGAAGCAUUGAUAUGGUGAAUGAGGCCGUGAAAGAAUAUGGACAUGAUCUUCGAUCAAAUCCCAGUUGA